CUAUAUUUAAAAAUAUGUUUUUUACAUAACCUCAUACUUGUCAAUGUCAACAUUUAAAUAAACGUCAAAUUAAGAUAUGAGUCACAAUCAAUAGCACAAUUCGAAAAUGUCAAUGUUCAAUUUUUGGUCAAAACCUGACCCUAAAGAGGAGCAACGUCAAGUGGAUCGACAGUUGCGGAAAGUGGGCCGAGAUUUAGAACGGGACCGUCGAGAACUCGAAAGAGAGGAGAAAAAAUUGGAAGCAGAGAUCAAAAAACUAGCAAAAGAAGGCAACAAUGAAGGUUGCAAAUUAUUGGCAAAACAACUCGUACAAUUGCGCAAACAAAAGAACAGAUCUUAUUCGGCCACUAGUAAAGUUCGGGGAAUUUCCGCGCAAAAUAAAGCCAUGGGGGCUAACGUCAAACUGGCAAAUGCCAUGGGCGUAGCUGGGAAAACAAUGUCAGACAUGAACCGUAUCAUGAAACCUGAACAAAUUGCAGCUAAUGUGAACGCUUUCACUAGAGAGUCAACGAAAAUGGAAAUGACUGAUGAAAUGAUUAAUGAGUCACUGGAUGACAUUUUGGCCGAAUCUGGCGAUGAGGAGGAAAGUGAUAACAUCAUCAGCCAGGUUCUGGACGAAAUCGGUAUCGAGAUAAGCGGGAAAAUGGCAGGGGCGCCUUUACCGGAAAAAGGGAAAAUCGGGGAAACCUCCAAAGCCAGCAGCGGCCUUACCGACGAGGAAAUAGAGGCGCAGUUGGCCAAACUGCGAGCUUGAAUAUAUUUUCGAUAAAACAUUGUUGUAAUUUUUUAUUCAUUAAUAAAUACAAUUAAGUAACUUAAAUAA